GACACGAUAACACUAUCGCCGUUUCCAGAAGCGGCGAGGGUUCCCACGAAGAAGGCAUACUAGAAGCGCAGUGCUGUUGAAGCGGUCACGCCACCAUGGCCAACGUCUUCUACUUGCUGAGCCUACUGGCGUCGCUGAGCGUUUGGCAGUCUGCUGCGGAUGACCAGUGCGACUCGGUGGAGUGCCUGCCCGUCGCUGGACCGCUGUGUGCGCUGAACGAGGAGACCGGAAACAUGGCGCUGUUCGCCGACGAGUGCGUUCUGCGAUGUAUCAACUGCAGGAUGACUACAGAUUUCAAGAAGGUGAACAGUUCUCUCUGUGGCACUGGAACAACGUACAUAACUGUUUGUCCAGACUUUGCCCACAACCACGGCAAUGAAGAUACAAAGGCAGAGGAUCCCGAAGAUGGAGUCGCUGUGAUACGGAUAGACCUCGGACAAGGAGACGGUGAUGUUUACAACGAGGUCCCGCCUGUCUUCGGGGAGUCUCUUCCGGUCCCACUGCCUCUGCUGUCCAUGGGGAGCGACCUGCUGCGCCGCCUUGUGAUGUCUGGCCCGCCGGAGCCGCCCCCUCCACCGCCGGAGGGCCUCACGCUCAUCGCAGCGGACGUCAAGGUGGACGUGACCAUCAACAUGCACGGCCCGCCUCCGCCGCCACCGCCGCCGCCCCCGGCAACACGCCUCGUCCUCCCGCCCCCACUGGCGCUGCCCCGCAUGCCGCUGCUGGCGCCGCCACCCCCGCCUCCGCCGCAGCGGCAGGUUCUUGACCAGCGCUACCAGCCCCAGGAGUCGGACGUCAGCUCCGCGGCGCCGCAGACAGCUCGGCCCUCCACUAUAGCCACUGCCGUCGCCGCUCUCGCCGCUAUGGUUGUGGCCGCGCGCCAUGUCUAGGCGUGACCUACUCUGUGAGGAACGGCCCGAACCGUCCACAAUUUGGGAUACAAGUCGGAUGCUCCUUAGGUGUAGGAUUCUCCCAAUUUCUAACAUCACUGUUGUAUAUGCAAGUCCUGACUGACUCAGAACUGUUACUUACCUUAACCAAACGUGUUAAUUUCCGAUAAUAUGAAAAAAAUACAGGAGAUUAGUAAACGUAACUAGAAUAGACAGCUACUUUUAUGACUGCUGGAUGAUUUACAGCUUCUAGGUAUUACUAAAAAAUAAUUUUUUUGGUACAAUAGUUCUAUGUCACUAUAUUAAAACUGUUAGUUUCCGUCAAAUGACAAAACAUCCUGAAGCAUUAAAGACUUUAAUUACAGUACAUGUCUCCUAUCAUGAUCAUUUGUAUCUAGAUCAAUGAACUGCAUCUGCUUUAUGAAAUACAGGAAAGUACCCAAUUUAUUCAAACGGUUGUAUGUUAACAGGACAUAUCACAGAAUUAGUAUGUGCUUUUUCCUGUAAACGUAUUGCCUUAUGUAUAAAUUGGGUACCUUCCUACAUUUUUUGAUCUAGAUAUAAAUGAUCAUGAUGUAGUUCCUGUUAUUAACGUACUUUUUUGUACCCGAGUGUAGCCUGUUAUUUGAGUUAGAAUGGUAGAUUUAAUAAACCGAUUUAUAGCUAUUGUGCCCAAUCUAAAUUUUCUGACUCUUUGACCCCAUAAAUUUAAUUUUUCCAAUAUUUUUCGGAGUAUAGAUCCAUCGAGAACACCAAAAUGCAGUCGUAACAUAUUUCGGUAACUCAAAACUUGCUUUGUAUUCAGCGAAUCGACAUAUCCCAACAGACACGGACAAAUCACGAUAAUAACUCAGAUUGCGUAACAAAGUUUUUGUGCUAUUUGUCACCCAUGCAUUUCCAUUCAUCAGCUUUUAAAAAUAUUUUGUUCGAAUUUCUGCAAGAGGAAAAUAGGCAAGUGUAGCUGCAACUGAACAUUCUCAGUGCUGUGUCAUUAUUCUCCAACGAUUAUAAAGAUUACUAAUUGCCAGUAAAAUUAGGAAUAAAUAAAUCAAAAAUGAUAAUGUA